GCGGGGCGAGCGAUCGCGCGAGGCGAUGAUGGUGCGCUUCGAUUUUGCCUACAACAAUGCAUUGUUCGCGGACAGGAUUCUUCAUCUGGAGGUGGUGCCAUCGCCGACCGAUGAAGCGCAGGCUAUGGUGGAUGGGAGCUGCGGCAGAGUAGUGGAGAAGUUACAUGUGAGCUCCAUGCUGCUAGCUGCGCACUCGGAUUAUUUUAUGAAGCUCUACUCCAAUGGGAUGAGCGAAUCCAGCACUGGGGUUGCUACUGUCAAGGUCACGGAAGAAGAGCGUCGAGGACUGCUCCAUCUCAUCCAGUACAUGUACACGGGACGCUUGAUGGAGCCUCCGGACGCGGACAGCACAAUCAUCCUCCUCACUCUCGCCGACCGCUUCGCAAUCUCGUCGUGCAUGAAACCACUGGCCGACGUGCUCAACAAGUUCCCCAGCAGCUUAAGCGACUGCCUCCUUAUCCUCGGCCUCCCCGAGUCGCUCAAGUCGGACAAGGCCCUCCACCCGGUCGUGGAGCAGUGCCGGAGCUACCUCGCGCAGCAGUUCCAGAGCAUCCCCGCCAAAAAGUCCCAGUUCUUCGCGCUCAACAUGGAGGGAGUGAAGAUCGUCCUCGACAGCGACACUCUCGCCGUCUCGUACGAGGAAGAGGUGUUCCACUUCCUUCUCGAGUGGCUCGAGGCAAACUUCCGGAGCCUUGACGACAAGCUCCACGCCGCCGAGCAGAUUGGAGGAGUGAUCCGGUUCCCCUGGAUGACUGGAGACUUCCUCGUCGACGUUGUGGCGGUGUGCCCCGAGAUGCAAAGCAGCACUGGCCAGGGACUGAUCAUGGAGGCGCUCAAGUUCAAGAGCUUGACGCAUCCGAGGCAGCAGGAGAUCAUCUGGAAGAAGACCAACCACAACAGAUACCGCCCCCGGAACAACGCCAUCUUCGAAAACUUCUGGGGGAGCUCCAAGACCUUCGUCUCUAAGGAGACCGCGGUGAGCUGCCAGGUCUACUUCGAGUUCCCACUGGAGAUGGUGAUUUGUACCGGCGAGAGCUUCCACUCCAAGCCGUUCUUCCUCGACCGCUACACUUUCAGCCUCGAGGCACAGAUCCGGACGGCGUUCAACCACCAGCGCAGCUGCAGCAUAAAGUUGGCGCUCCAUCCAUCGUCAGAAACUCCGGCACUAGACGUUGAGGCAACGACGCUCCACUCGCUCGACUAUACCAUAGCCAUGAAGCGGGACUACUCCCAAGGCUACGACACCAAGGCCUCUGGGACGCUGGAGAUCCAAGCCGGGAACGCGCCUGGGAACUGCGUCACCUUCACGGACCUCUUCUCGGGGUGGUACGUCGAGCGGGGAUAUAGCUUCCCUCGCUGGAACCUCACCAUUAAUGGCCUCGUCUUCCUCCGCCUGGAUCUCAAGCUCAACCAGCAGCAGCUCAUCCCACAGGACGUGGAAGCCGAUGGAGAAACGAGCUGAAAGGUACUGUCACAAAUACUUAUGGAACUAUCAGACCUGUAAAUAUAUAGCGCACCUGAGAGAGCGAUAGAUUCAAGCUGGAAGGAAAACUGAAAAAAGAAUUCUUCUCUCCAA